AGGCCAAACUUCAUAUAUCCGCGGAAAUGGGUGAGUGUUGAAACGUCACCAGCAGUGUAGUUAGUUUCAAACUAUCCGAAAAUUGACAUAUAAACGAAGUCAUUAGUCAUUAGAGCACGUUUAAGAACUUCUUUAACUUUAUCGACAAAAUAUUUAAAGUAUGUUCAAAAACUUGGGAACCUGGUUUGGGAUAGAAAGCGAAAAUGGCCAAGUUGAGAAAGAAGACGAGUCUAUUGUUGAUGUCAGCGAAGACAAGAGACAUGAAAUAAACAAACCAACGGCUGCUGCCGAGAAAGACGCUGAUCCCCCUCAACUUCUCCAAAAAGCUAAGGGUUUCAGUGGUUACAUCUAUAAUUUCGCCAGCAGUGCCUCAAAGAAACUGUCCGAGUCUGUGGUUGAAACAGCUCAAACAUUUAAGAAAAGUGUAGAGGAGGGGAAAAUAAAUGGAAUUAUUGAUAAGACCAUUUUGGGUGAUUUCCAGAAAGAACAAGAAAAGUUUGUUCAGGAGAAUAAAGCAAAAAAGUUUGGUGCUGCUGUGCCACCAUGGGUUGGUUAUAAUGAAGAGGAGACCAUACAGCAACAGAUUUUAGCUCUUUCAGCCGACAAAAGAAAUUUUUUGCGGGACCCUCCUGCUGGGGUGCAUUUUCACUUUGACUUUGAGCAAAUGUAUCCAGUCGCCAUGGUGAUGCUGGAGGAAGAUGAGCUCCUCAGAAAGAUGCGCUUCCAUCUGGUCCCCAAACAGGUGAAAGAGGAGGUCUUCUGGAAGAAUUACUUCUACCGUGUGUCCUUGAUUAAACAGUCGGCUCAGCUCACAGCUCUAGCAGCACAACAGGCUGCCGAGCGGAGGGAUGUGGAGAAAACUGGCUGCAGUCCUGAUGAUCCUCAUCGAAAGGAUGGAGUUAAAGGGAAAACUCCCCGUGCCACCUGCAGUACCAAACCAAAGUCAAAUGAGGAUGAAGAGGACAUCUCCACCAGCCCACCUGUGUCUGAAUUUGUGAGUGAUGCUUUUGACUCAUGCAAGAUAAAUGAGGACGACUUACGCAAAGAAAUGGAGCAGUUUGUUCUGGACAAGCGAGAACAUCCAAACUCACAAGAGGAGGAGACUGCGGACUGGGAGAGAGAGUUGCAGGAGGAACUUGCAGAAUACGACGUGUUGGCUGAUAAUGAGAACCAUGAUGAAAAGUGGGACAGAGAGAUUGAAGACAUGCUAAAGGAGGACAGUUAGGGCACCCUAGCCUUAACUGUUUGAAGGACACCUUUAAGGUCAGGAAACAGCAACUGACAGCAUAUUUUAUGCUCCUAGUGGAAUGAUUAAUUUCAAUAUUGGUCCUCUAAGAGAUGGAGAAUACUGAAUAUUGUUAACAUUUCAGCAUGCUAUUUCUGUGGCCAUAAUAGUUCUAAACUUUAUGAGUAAAUAUUUAGUACUGUCUCUUAUAGUUGAGAGGAGAAGAUAUUGUCCUGCAUCUCAAAUUUCUUUCACUUUUAGAUGAUUUAAAUGUGAGCUAUAUAACAAGCGUGGAAUAUUUUAGAAUGAAGUUUAUCCUAUGACAGAGCCAACUCUUUUUUUGUCUUGUGUUGGUCUCUAAUAACACAUGACAGCGUAUUUUACGAUCAUAUUUGCUGACAGUAUGUUAAUGUAUAGAAUGUAAUACACAGUGUAUGUCAUACUUGUUAAGGACCGUGGGUAAUGUGUAUUCUAUCAAAAUGAUAUAAUGGAUUACUGAACAUGCGGUAAAUAUUUGGGCACACAUACUGUAUACUGUAGAUGCUGAUACAAUGUACUCUGUAAACUUGCAAGUCCAAACAAAUGUUGUGUUCUACAUCAAAAUUUAUUCAGGCACAGACCAAAAUCCUUUGUUUUUAUGUUGUUACCUAUGCAAACUGUCGUGUAUUGUUACAUUUCUAUUAACCAUUAGCUUCAGUUCAUUGUCUUUUUUUCUGAAGUUAAUACAUGUUGUUCUCUUGAGUUUACAUUUGUAAUUUGUUUUUGGAUACAAUGUUUUAUCAUAUGCAUUUUUUUUCUAAUGUGCUGUGAAUGACCUGUGAAGAAUUAAAGGCAAUAUGUGGCAAAUGUGACAAUACAGUC